CAGGUGUGAUCCAGGAGGGAGUCUGAGAAGUACGCAGGUAAGAGAGGAGAGGGGAGACAGACAGAAAAAGAGGCUUUUGAACUAAGAACUGAGAUAAAAAGAGAAAGACAGAGAGCCAAGCCACCUUUAUAGUGACAAAGAAGAUAGGGAAAGAAGGCGAUCAUACCUUUGGGUACUCUUGCUUUAGAAUUGCAAAGUACAACUGUCAGACCGACUACCAACUGAUAGAGGGAAUAGCUGGACAUAGCAGAGAAUAGAAAAAAAAGUAGGUUGAUCCAUUGUGAUUCUUGUGUGUAAAUGUAAUUACAGUAUAAAUAUAUGACAUUAGAACUUGUGAACCGUUUUUGUUAACAAUCAUGAUGCUUUACUGAAUUUAGAGGAGGAAAUAAAUAGAGUGUGAGCAAAAAGGAGAGGCAGAAAAGCAGACAGAAAGAAAUCAUCGGAAUAAAUUAAGAAGGAAAACAGAAAGCCAAACUGAUGAAGUGCAGGGGGGCAGACAACUCACAGUGGGACAGCAAGAUGCCCCAGAUGACCUCCUUCGUGAGGCUGCUGGCCCGGGAGACAGAGAAGAUGGUGUCCUUCUUCUUCAAGGGAGGACCCGAAGAGGAGGAGGGGCUGACCCGCGUCUACUUGGACCAGCCGGUGCUGGACAAGGAGACUGGAGAGGGGGGCACUCAUGGGGGGCUGCGCUAUGCCCUGGCCAGCAUGCAAGGCUGGAGGGCACAUAUGGAGGAUGCCCAAUCGUGUGUAGCUGAGCUGCCAGGAGAGCUGUCCGACUGGUGCUUCUUUGCCGUUUACGACGGGCACGCUGGCUCCAAAGUGGCCCAAUACUGCUCCCACCACUUACUGGAGCACAUCUUAAAAACCGGAGGAGUGAAGCAAGGGGGGGACCCGGAGACAGUGAAGGAAAGCAUCCGGGAAGGCUUUCUGACCAUCGACAGCUACAUGCACCGCCUGACGAGAUACCGGGGCUGGGACAACAGUGGUUCGACUGCCGUGGCCGUCAUGCUUUCACCCGGGCAUAUUUAUUUCAUCAACUGCGGCGAUUCCCGGGCGGUUCUGUGCCGCGACGGAGAGGUGUGCUUCUACACCGAAGAUCACAAGCCGUUUAACCCUCGGGAGAGGGAGAGGAUUCAGAACGCAGGCGGGACGGUGACCCUGCAGAGGGUGAAUGGCUCGCUGGCUGUGUCCCGGGCACUGGGCGAUUUCGAUUUCAAGGAGGUGGAGUGGCGCCCCCCCACCGAGCAGUUGGUUUCUCCCGAGCCAGAGGUGUAUGAGGUGGCCCGCUCCCCAGGGGAUGAGUUUUUGGUGCUGGCCUGCGAUGGAGUCUGGGACAUCAUCAGUAACGAGGGUCUGUGCGCCUUCGUUACGAACCGGCUCCAGGUUUGCAGUGAUCUGAAGGAAGUGUGCUCUCAGAUCAUUGAUACAUGUCUGUACAAGGGCAGUCAGGACAACAUGAGCAUCACCCUGAUCUGCUUCCCUGGUGCCCCCCAGGUGUCACAAGAGGCACUGCAGCGUGAGGCUGAGCUGGAGGAAGUGCUGGAAAGCAGAGUGGCAGAAAUCUUCGAGGAGUGGCAGGAGGAAGGCGUACCUGACCUGAUCUAUGUGAUGAAAUACCUGCAAUCUGAGAUAAUCCCAGGACUGCCACCAGGGGGCGGGCUUGCCAGCAAGAGGGACACUGUUAUUUCUGCAUAUUACAAGCUAAGAGCUGAGAAGGGCGUGCUUGAAAAGUCCACGGAUAUCAACGUUUCAGACGACUCCGGCUAAUAGCCUGUUUCUGUGGAAACAGAAUGUCAGCGUGUAACGUCUCCAUGGAAACACCACCCUCACCUCCCAGCAAUCUUCCUGAACCCAGUCUCAAAAGUUAGCCAAUCACAAGCUAGCACGGACAGCAGCUUUCUAAAAUCUCCAUGAAUAUUUAACCUGGAAAGUUUAUAUGAUUUACGAUACAGCUCUACAGAUUCUGAUUGUACUCUAUGUAAUCUGUAUUUGAUGCUAUGUCUAUUAUUUAAAGUGUAAACAGCGUCACAUUCCAUUUUAAUAGUUAUUUCCCUUAACAUUUAUCCUUUUCACUCUAGUACUGAGAUGUAAUCCUUUUUUUCCCUAAUAGUCAGUAUUGUACAUUUAUCAAUAGCCAAUAUCCACACUACAGGGAACAACUGACACGAUGAGAAAGCAAAACCAUCAUUCAGAAUUAACCAACUCUUGAAAUAACAAAGGAAUUCAAUAACACACAUUAAUUCACUUGCUGAUAUGACUGGUUUUAAUAUAAAUGUUCAGAUGAAACCUUUAAUCUUGACCACAUAAUUGUCUCUUCAUUGCUUUGAUCUUUCUUGAAAGCUGACGAUAGAAACAAAAAUAAACCACUGCUUCAUGGUACCUAUUCACUUCCUGCCCUGUAGGUCACAUGACUGCUGUGAAACAAUUGCAAUCAAAUUGACCUGAAUCAUAGGAAGUGUUUUGGGGCCAGGAAGCAGCAGAAAGCAAUUUAUAAUAUUAACAUUCUAACCUGAGUUCAAUUUUAGGACAGCCAGAGAUUUGGAGAUUCUGAAAAGGGUAGGAGUCUUGUUAUUUCUCUAGCUCUGUAUUACAAGAAAAGGAAAUAUAUAUAUAUAUAUAUAUAUAUAUAUAUAUAUAUAUAUAUAUAUAUAUAUAUAUAUAUAAUAAAAUACAUACUCUAGUCUACGCAGAUACUUUCAUCCAUAGAGUAUAGAAUGACAUUUGAAGCUGUGUACCCUUUAUGUUCUGUUUCGCCUUAUUGUCUUCUGCAUGAACCCUUAUGGAAAUGUUAUAUGAAAUAUUUAAAAAAAGUGUUUAAAUUGCAAUACCCCUAGUACUCUUAUUGGAGGAAAGUGUCCCAUAGCAUUCCACUGUAAAACAUGCCAUUGUAAAACUACAUUCUGUAUCAAACCAAUUUUCUAUUUAUUUUGGGAAAAAAAAAAAUUGUGUUAAAAACACAUUCUUAUCAAAUGUUUUUGAUAAAGUCCAGGACCUUAUUUGUCAAAGUGGCAAACAAAAACAACAGGUGCUGUAUAUAAUAAUAAUAAUAAUAAUAAUAAUAAUAAUAAUAAUAAUAAUAAUAAUAAUAAUAAUAAUAAUAAUAAUCUAAAGGCCUAUUUACCUUUGGUUUGUUCAGUUUAAUUCGACCUGAGAAAAGAAACAAGGAUCAGGGAUCACAAAUGGAGAUUUGAUAAAGGGGCAUUCAGAACAGAAAAUAGGAGGCACUUUUUUACACAGAGAAUUGUGAGGGUCUGGAACCAACUCCCCAGUAAUGUUGUUGAAGCUAACACCCUGGGAUCCUUCAAGAAGCUGCUUGAUGAGAUUCUGGGAUCAAUAAGAUACUAACAACCAAACGAGCAAGAUGGGCUGAAUGGCCUCCUCUCGUUUGUAAACUUUCUUAUGUUCUUAUGUUCUAAUUCAAAUCGAGUAAUGUUUGUUUGCUUUAGCUAAACGGAACUGAGACCACUGGGCAGCUAUAAAAAAAAAGUAGUAUAUUGCCAGUAUACCUGGGUUAAAUGUGAAAUCAGCUACUAUGACGGGCUCCAAUCAACCCUAACCUUGGACUGCUCAAUGUUAAUUUAAGUAGGGUAAUACAAGGUUAGAGCUAGUCAGGGUCUGUGAAACAAGCCACUGGAGUCUUUGUCAUCAAAAACACCCAAAUCGUGACCAGAUCAAGGCACAUUGAGGCUUUUGGAGAGCCACAGGGUCUUCUGGUUUUCAAUCCACCUCACUUCUCAAUCACUUAAUUGAACCAAUUACUUUCUUAAUUGGUCGACAAUGAAUUCCCCAGGUCUUUAGCCUAUUUUCCUACCAUGUAUUCUUUCUUGCCUUGAAAAUAUAUCAUUACACAAUAAAGAUAUAUUCUUGAUGUUCCAAA